AUGAGAUUUAACGGGGAAGUUCUCUACAAGGGCGAACGCCGAGAGUUGCCGAAAGAGUCAUCCAUCUUGACCUUUGGCAUCUUUGAGUACAAGUUCUCCUGGGUGACGAUUGCCCAAGAUUUGUACCGACGACAGCUAGAUGAUCUCGCCGAGGAAGUGAAUCACGAUAAUCGACCACCUCUGUUCAUGACGCCUACUCCGCAGUCGUCGGAGUACUUGCUAGACAAGUACAGAAUCAAGGGAACAUUUGCCACUGGGUCUUCUUGCAUAGUGUGUGCUGCUACAGACAUGUCCGGAAAUCCAUACGCCGUGAAGAAGAUCAUUGCAAAAAAUAGGAGGUCCAGACUAAAUGUCGACGAAGAGGUCGGAAACCUACGAAAGCUGACUGAAAAUUGUAAUUCGCCAGAAAGCAUAAGCCGCCUGGUCGAGCUACUUACUAUUGAGCCCAGUGGCCCUGCUGGAGUAUACGAGUGUUAUAUCGUCACGAAGCCGCUCAUCGCCACAACACUUUCAGGCAUACUCAAGUCCGAGUUGGACAAUCGUUCAAGGCUCACCCUGGUAGCCCAGAUGUUACAGGGUCUCGACUUUAUACAUGCAAGUGGGUGUAUGCACCGAGAUAUCAAGCUUGACAAUGUUCUAGGAUCAGUUCAGCCCUUGCAAGCUGUCAUAAUCGAUUUCGGUCAGGCCACAUGGGACAGAGCCUCAUCCGACCAUAUGAAAGGAACAAUUCGAUACCUGGCUCCCGAGAUUAUGGCUUUAAAGCAUAUGACCGCCCCUGCUGAUGCAACUUACAGCCAAAGUGCCGACGUUUGGAGUAUGGGGUUGACAAUUUUCGAAUUUAUAUGCCGAUUCAAGUUGAAUCAGAACUUUAUCACCUCUUCAGCACAUCGAAAUAUCAUGCGCCAAGACCACUGGAACAAGCAGCACGCAUCGGACCAAGAAGUGCAGAAUCUUUUUGACCUUCUUAAGCAGAUGCUGGCUUGGGAACCUGCCGAGCGGAUUUCAGCUAAAGAAGCACUCGACUGGACAAACAGACAUGGCAUCUUUGUACCUACUCCAACUUCGUCGGCUGGAACGAAAAACAAACUCGUAUCUCCCAUAAUAGCACCAGAAGUUGACUUUGGCAAACGAAGAAGGAAAAGUGUUCGAUGA